GGGAUCCUUGGUGUUAUGAAACGACGACAAAAGAGGAAACAUCUGGAAAAUGAAGAGUCCCACGAAACUACUGAGAAGGGAGGAGGAAUCUCAAAGUCCCAAGAGGAUGCCCCUAAGCCUGGAUCCACUGGGGUGGCCAUACGUUGGAGCCUGGGGGUAGGAGAGGUCUCCUCUGCCUCUGAAUACUUCUCCUGUGUUUCUUCUCCACACAAGCUCAUCCAUGGUGGAGUCCAAAGAAUACAUCGAGAUAGUCCCUGGCCUAGAUCACCCCUAGCCCAGGUUCAGGAACGAGGAGAGAUUCCUCCUCCCUCACAGCAUGUCUCCGUGUCCUCCCCUUCAUCCUAUAAGACCUGUGUGUCCUCUCUGUGUGUAAACAAAGAGGAAAGGGGCAUGAAAAUAUACUACAUGCAGGUACAAAUGAAAAAAGGUGUGGCUGUCUCCUGGGAGCCAGAGAAAACCUCAGAGUCAGUAGAUAAGCAGCCGAGGAUGGAAGAAGUGAUCCUUACUGAGGAUGUGCGGGUAGGUACUCCCCCCUCUGAUGUGUCCACCAGAAACCUCUUGUCUGACAGCGAGCCCAGCGGGGAGGAGAAAGAACAUGAGGAAAGGGCAGAGUCAGACAGCCCACCAGGAUCACCUGCAGUGGAGGAGAGACCCAGGGCCCAGACACCCGACUGGCUGGUGACCAUUGAGAAUGGCUUCAGGUGCAUGGCCUGCUGCCGGGUCUUUCCCACCUUGGAGAACCUCCAGGAGCAUGUGCAGUACGGGAUCAGGGAGGGCUUCAGCUGCCACGUCUUUCAUCUCACCAUGGCUCAGCUGACAGGCAAUGUGGAAUCCGAGUGUACCCAGGAGGAGGAGGAGGAGGAGGAGGAGGAAGAGAAGGAGGAGGAUGAGGAGGAGGAGCAGGAAGAGGAGCAAGAAGAAAAUGAGGAUGAGAACCAGCAGCCCACAAGAGAAGACCUUGGCAUGAAGAGACCCUGGAGCCAAUGUCCAGGCUGUGUGUUUCAUUCUCCAAAGGACAGGAAGUGAGCGGGGGCUGGGUCUGCUUAGGAAGCUGUGCCUUCU